AAUUAUACGUGUUCUAACAAAUGGCCUAUAAGCUGGUGAAUAGCUGCACAAAUAGAGCUUGUGGAUUUUCAGCCACUGGUUGUAGAAUGGUUUAAAUAGUGUCUCAUUUUGUUUCUUCUGUGAAAUUUCUUCAGUUGGUCCUUAAAAUAGCAAAUAUAUUUUUUAAUUUUUUUUUUUUACAUUACAGAAAGGCUUUUUAUACUAUUUCUGCAGUGAUAUUCUCUGUAUAAGUAUUUUCCUUAUUCUCAAGGUUUUAUGUUAUGCUACUAGCAGGCUCGCAGAUGGGUCAGGGACUCUGGAGGAUUGCUAGAAACCAACAAUUGCAACAGCAAGGAUACAGUGGACAAGGCUAUCUUACCAGAGAGCAUGGUAGGAGGAUACCUGCUAACAAUGUUUCCAAUACGAGCCAUCGCAAGCAAGCCCAAGGAGGCAUUGACAUCUACCACCUGUUGAAGACAAGGAAAUCUAAAGAACAAGAAGGAUUCAUUAACCUGGAAAUGUUGCCACCAGAGCUUAGUUUUACUAUUUUGUCAUACCUGAAUGCAACUGAUCUCUGUCUAGCAUCAUGUGUCUGGCAGGAUCUUGCUAAUGAUGAGCUCCUCUGGCAAGGGUUGUGCAAAUCCACUUGGGGUCACUGUUCUAUAUACAAUAAGAAUCCGCCUCUAGGAUUUUCUUUUAGAAAAUUGUAUAUGCAGCUAGAUGAGGGCAGUCUCACCUUUAAUGCCAACCCUGAUGAGGGAGUCAACUACUUUAUGUCCAAAGGCAUACUAGACGAUUCACCGAAAGAAAUAGCUAAGUUUAUCUUUUGCACAAGAACACUGAAUUGGAAGAAGCUGAGAAUCUACCUUGAUGAAAGGAGAGAUGUUUUGGAUGACCUCGUGACGCUGCACAACUUCAGAAAUCAGUUCUUGCCAAAUGCACUGAGAGAGUUCUUCAGACACAUUCACGCUCCUGAGGAGCGUGGGGAGUACCUUGAAACUCUCAUAACAAAGUUCUCUCACAGAUUCUGUGCUUGUAACCCUGAUUUGAUGAGAGAGCUUGGCCUUAGCCCUGAUGCAGUUUAUGUACUGUGUUACUCUUUGAUUCUUCUUUCGAUUGAUCUAACAAGCCCUCACGUGAAGAACAAAAUGUCAAAGAGGGAAUUCAUCCGAAAUACGCGACGAGCUGCACAGAAUAUUAGUGAAGACUUUGUAGGGCACCUUUAUGACAACAUCUACCUUAUUGGCCACGUGGCUGCCUAAAAGCACAAUUUGCUAGCACUUAAAAUUUAUAAUUUUCAAAAAUUACAUCAAUUCCAGAUAUUAAUUAUUUUGUAGAGAUGGGGGUUAUUUUAGUGCUGGUCAUUCUAACCUCUGUAUGCAAUCAAAGUUUGUGUGUAUAAGUGUGUGUAUGUGUAAACUACCUUUUCUAUCUAUUUACUGUAGGAACAGAAGGAAUUUUUUUUCAUAAUUUUUUUUUAGUUUUGCACAAAACAAUGCCAUUAGUCUGACACAGCCAUUUAUGAAUGUUAAACUGACAUUACAGUCUAAGCUGACAAAGUGGUGAAUUUGUGCGUUAGAUCUGCUUGAAACUUUAAUAAGUUCAUUCUUUUUAGAAUACCAUGUAAUGUGUAUAUAUUUAACUAAAGAGAUUUAUAAUCAUAAUUAUUUUAUUGUAAAGUAUUUUAACUAAAAUUUCUCCUUUUAUCUCUUAAAUUAGUGUUUGACUUCCAUUUGCAUUUUUUUACAAUGCUGACUACCUCAGAUACCUAAGUUAGAGGAACAUUGGUCUGAAUAUUACAAUAAAGUUUAUUCUAGGAGAUGAUAGAACACUUGUAAAAUAUCUAAGCUGGUAUUUUAUACUGUAUUUAUUAACUUGAGUUAGCAUGUUGCCCACCUGCCAUUCACUCAAUUUUAGAGAUUACAGGCUCUAUUUUAGAUGAACCCUGAUGCCAUACAGGGGUAGCCAGGGGAAAUCAUGCAGUGUGCAGAGAGGCUUAUGUGAUUUACGUACAUAACCUCUUUUGCAGAUACUAGUUUUUGGGAAACAGGGCAACUACAAUCACCUAUUCAGCGCAGUAAGCAAGAAGAAAUCUAAACAGGGAAAGUGGCAGGAGUGACCAACAUGUUGCUGCUUUCAACUGGUUCCCUCAGUCUAGAAGUGUCAAUGAUGGAAAUGCCUUGGCAAAUAUAUACCAGAUGACUCGUUGCUAAGGCUGUUAAAAACUGACGGUGCAAGAUUAGAGCAGUGACUGUGCAGGUUUGGGGAGCUGUUUCAGAGUCAGAUACUGAAUUACUUUCUAAAGCUGUCAUGUAGCUAGAUUUUAAACAGUUCUAAAUUUAUGGAAGUACUUCAAAAAUUACUUGGUCAGGUUGUGUCUUGACAUUUUCUGAAGUGUGGGGAGUAUUAGCAGUGCAACUGCUGUGCAUGUGCAGGAAUUGAAUAAGGAUUUGCCUAGUUUUUGUUCAGACAACUCACAGAGCAGAGCUUUUUUUAAAUUUAUGUAACAUGCAGUUGAAGUAAGAGCUGCUCCUGAUUAUGCUUGUUUACAUAAUAUUCAGCUAUCAGUAGCAUCUGGAUACAUUAUGGUAACAAGUAUAUUUCUUCUUUUUCCCUACCGUACCAUGAGGUGAGGUGGGAAGGUAUUCUUAAUCUGUGAAACAGAACUAAUCUGAAUUGAAUGCAGGAAUGACGCCUCACAGCCAUGCACUUUGCCUAUGCUGCUGCUUUCUGUUUGGCACCGAGGGAGUGUUGUUUUAGAUGUGAGAAGAGUCAUGACAAUGACAGUUCAUACAAGGCCUACAUAAAUGAUGGGAGGAAAAAGAUGUAGCUAUUACUGCUAUUUCAAGUGUUUAUAGCUCUGUUCCACAAACAGAAAUGCAUGCAAAAAAAGUACUUUUUUAUUACAUUACAUUUAAUCCAGUGUAAAUGCCAUUGCACUUAUGUAGCACACACAGCCAAAGCCAGGAGCCAGCAGUACUGCGGCCAUAUUCCAGACAGGUUUACAGUAUCACUUGCCUUGCUCAGGAUAACUACUCCUCACCCUGUGUUGUUUCAUGUGUUUCAAAAAGUCCAAGGAUGUGUUCUGCAGCAGUCAAUUAAUCUCAAACACAAAUAGUACAUGGUACAGUGGGGAGCUUUGUUUAAGGCACAGAUAUCUGCUCCUGUGUUACAGGGGCAAAAAAAAAAAAAAAGGAAAACUUUUAGCAUAAUUUGUAAAACCAGCAAUAAAGGACAAGUGUCUCUGGGGUCCUUAAAGUGAUCUUAAGUGGAGACAGCAGAAUAUAGUUUUCUAAGAAACACUCCUCAAAAGUUACACACUUUAAAAGAAAAAUUCAGUGAAUUUUGAAAUUAGAACUCUUCUUAUUAGAAAAUAUUUUCUUCUCAAACCACAAAUGCAGAGCAAGGCUUAAUUCUCUUCUGAUUUAUGUUUAGGUUGACAUUAGUGAUACUGGUUUUGAUUUUGCACUAAUAAGAGAGUAUGAAUUGUUAGUCUGCAUUUCUCUUAAGUUCCAGUUACCCUGAUACAGAGCAAAGCCUCCAGGCAGACAGAACAUGUUUUUUUCUGGAAUGGAUGAGUACAUCUAUUAGCAAGGUUUAGAAAACUUGAAGGCCAGUGUAGCAGCCAAGAAGAUAAAUUAGAAACAGGAUGAUACAAUUCAAGUUUCCAUAAGACAAGUCCAGGGGAAAAGAAAACAAAACCCUAAUGACAUGCAGAUAACAGCAUGUGAUCUUCACGACAGGAUUUUGAACAGUGUUAGAGGAUUAGCACCCAACUCAUGCUGUACAUUUAGUUACUAACGCAGAGUUGAACAAAAAACAGCAAACACAACAUGCCAAGUGUGAAUUCCCUCAGAGGCAACCAAGAAACAACUGAUUAAUAUAGACACUUCUUCUGUCCUUUUUCCAGUUUGAGUCUAUCUCUAAAGUGGCUGAGAAGGAAUUUUUUGCAUUUUAGCAAUCUAGACUUUACAUGAGGCUACACAAUUUUCUGUCUUAAAAGAAGAAAAAAAGUUCAGCCGGUGUAAUUGUACUCUUAAAAAGUGAGAAAAAUUCUCUUGGUUGCCCUCCACAAACUCUUAAAGUUUUGGACAGCAUCUUCUUCAAUGCACUUGGUGUCUCCAUGCACAUUUAAAAAUAAUGGUAUUUCAUUGAUCCAGGUGUCACUAAACGAUGUGAUGUGGAAAUAGCUACUUGAUCAAGCACUUCAGAAGACUUCUGUAGAGGAUCUCAAGUCUAAUUACAUGAGCAUGAUCAUGCUUAUAACUACAAAGUGAUUGCCAAGCUAUUGUGACUCCACCACUGCAUGUCCUUUGAACUUUGGCCAUGUGGUGUUGCCUUAACUCUUAACUGUAUGCACUGUACACAGUGCUGAGGGAAGAAAUGAGCCUGCAGCCCAUCCCCCUGCACACACUCGCUGUUCUGGUCCUAAAAGACAGUGGAAUUGUUCUGAAUGGCCAUUUCUAAAAGUUUGGUAACUUCAGUAUACACAGAUGUGACAAGGAAAAUUGUUUUCAUGUCAGGGAAAAUGAGUGGCCCUGUGUCCAUGGAAAGUGUCACACUAAUGCAGGUCAUGUUUGCCUUUAUUAAAUUCUGAGGCUCUGAUUGCAUUUAUUGAAGGAAUAUGACAUAUAUUAGACAUUCACAUGGCUUGCUAUAGACAGGAUCUGAUAUUAUCUGUUUUCUCAGACUCUAUUUCUGUCUAGAAUACUUUUCAUUCAAAUGCUAAACAAUACAUUUAUACAGCUUUGACUUUUUAAAAUAAAGCUGCUUCAACAUACAGAAGCCCAAACAAAUACAAGUUUGAGACAUGCUUGUCAAUUUUGAAGCAAGUGAGAAAUUUGCAUUCAGGAAAAAAAAUUCAAUUUGUUCUCUUUAACCUUUCCCUUCCACCCCCCACAUUGGAAGAAGAAAAAAUGUAAACCGUUUCAGAAGACAGCUUUAAGAAAAUAAACUGACUAGCUGGACAAAUAAAUGUUACUAUUUCUUCUUCAGUAUUCUGCAGUUUAUUAAUGCUCUUAACAUAAACAAGUUUACCAACAGGAAUUGCUCUUUUUUGAAGUGGUAAUAGUUUUGUUCUCUGUGUAAGGAUGUCAUUGUGCAAUCUGAUAUUGUUUAUUGUUCUGUUUUUAGAAAAUGAGUAUUAAGUAUUUAAACAAAAUUGAGGUAUACCUACUUGAUCAUGUUAAAACAUCAAAAUUAUAAUAAGUUUAGGAAAGUCAUAUUUACUUGCCCUUUAUUGGAUUAGGAUUUUUUUUUUCUUCUCAAAUAUUUCAUGGAUGUAUUAAAACUAAUGAACAUUAGGGCUGAUGACUUGUUCUCUGCCAUUGAAAAAUCUACCACUCUAAGCUCAAAAGCACCAUUAAAGUGGGCAAAGAACAGAUAUAAAGUAUUUCCUGUGUCUCACAUCGGCACAUUAUGGUUUCAUUUUGCCUUAAAGAGAAAUAGAAACUUUUAUAAUCUGCAUGUAAUCGUGAUUUUAGUAAGAUAAAAUUUUACGUGGUACUCUAUUAUGAGAUGUUCAAAGUUCAAAAUUGCCAUACAAUACUGUAAUUAAAUUGUAAUCAAAUAGCUAGGAGUAGUUACAGAAGUGUGUAUGUAAAAAACCUAAAAGAGAUCACAUUGCUCCAUCGUCACCUCAGUCUUUUUGCUAAUAUUAAUGUUAGUAACUUUGCAGUUUUCCUUUCUUAUUCAUAUAAAUAUGCUGAGAGAAAAUAUCUAAAUUGAAUACUUCCAUUUCCCAUGUGAAAUUCAUUUGCAUUAAAAACAAACUUUCUGCACUUAAAAUUUUAGAAAAGCAAAACCCUUCAAUCCAUUGAAAAAAAGCUCUUAGUUUUCAGUUGUGUGGUUCACUCAUAGACCUUAAUAGAGAAAACAAGCAAAAAGCACUUUUCAGAUUCCUAGCAGUCCAAAAAAUGCAUUUUCUAAGCUUAAAAAUACUCAAUGUGUUCCUUACAGAAAUCAAGCGUAUUUUUGUAAAGCAAUAUGAUCAGGAUACCAGUUAUUUUCAGAGAGAGUAUUCAUUUGUAAAAGUUAGCUUUCUUCUUGGCAGUGCUGGAGUGGAAUGUUGGAUUUAAUUUAAAAUGAUUAAUGAGAUUUUGUCAGACUCCCUGCCUUUACCACCACUGCAGUUUGUCAGCACAACAACCUGGGAAACCCGGACGCCACUCUGUCGCCCAAAACUGCUUUCCAGGAAAAAAUAAACCCAAGUAACUAGUGCCAGGUACGUGUCAAUGGUAUUGUCUUUCAGCUGUUGAAAGUUUAAGCUGGGACAUUUACACAUUCUGAGGAAGUGAACCUCAUUUGUUAUUUCAAUAGUCUGUUUCUGACAGUGGAGACCAGUAUAAACUUAAAUUUUUAAGUUUUUAAGAGCAACCAUAGCCAUUAUUAUUAACCUUAUGGGAAAUCCUAUAAUUCUUGCAGAAGAGAAAUACUUUAAAAGGGACAAAAUAUGUACUGAAGCUCAUUUAGCUAAUAUUUUCUGGAGAAAGAUCAUCUAUUCAACCUGUAUACUGUAUUCUGUUAGGAGGAACUCAUCAUUUGAGCACUAUGCAUGCCAAUAGGUUGCUGAGUGGCAAGGAAUGCUCUCUUGGACUUGAGGCAGAUGCAUCAAUGUGUAUGUGUAUGGUAAGAGCUAAAAUCUGACAAGUUUGCAAUACUUUUCAUGUAUGAGCAUAACAUAAGCAAAUUAGUAAUUCUUUUGAAAUGUAAGGUUGAUAUUGAAAAUUAUUUACAAUUUGUCUUCUUUGCUUUCCUUGUGGAAGUUUGUUCUGUUGGUCUACAGUUUGAGCAUUGUGUUUUCUUACACAUGAAAUACACAAAGACUGAAAAGAUUAUUUCAAUUUCAAAAGCAGCCUUUCCCUUCUGAGAAAACAUAUGUCUGCCUGUGCUGUGCAAGUCCUCCUGCAGUCACAUAAUGCUGUAUCAAAAAACUGACCUUACAUUCACUCGUAUGGACCCCUUUAUUCACCAGUUCUAUCCAUUCAUUCAGCAGGCAAAAAGUCCUGCAGGCUUCACAGAGAUGUAGGUGGUGAAAAAGAGUUUGUACUGCUCUGCUGCACCAGGCAGAGCACACCCCUUUAUGGGGCAGGAUAGCACAUGUAUUCUUUGCAUUACUUUUAUCUUAGCUAUUUCUUACCGCAGGGAGCCACAGUUUCCCUGUCUUCAUAUCAAGAAUUCAGACUAAUUGUCAUAAUUAUGUGUAACACAAUUGAACUGAAAUAUAUUUUUAUAACUGGAGAACUUCUUGAGUUCUGCAGCAUUAAUCACCUGCAUGAGAAAACAAAAGAGGAAAUCACAGGACUUCUUUACAAGUGCUGAAGAAGUGAACUUCUCAGCCUGCUUCUUAGUAACAAUCAAGAUGCUGUAUUUUUUCACAUUAAAUGUAACUUCUUGUUUCUAUAUUCUACUUAGGAAUUUAUAUCAAUAAAUGUACUUGUUACUGUUCCACACUG